CACAAAUAAAUCACAUGUUGCUUCCCAGAAGAAAUAUUAGUGGCGGCUAUUUAUUAGUAGUAUUAAUAUCAAAUGCCAUAUACUAUAUCCAAACAUCAGACAUUAAUUUGAUGGAAGAACUAACAUCAACUCUAACGACCAGCCAUUUUUCUACAGGAUAUCUCAACAGUGAACUCGUACGAGUCUCCGAGUUUGACCACCAAUUAUUAGUCUUGCUCCAACUUUCUGAUACAGAUAGUGAUUUCUUGGAAAAUUUAAUGAAAACUAUUCAUUCAAAAGCUUGUUCUAGAGGAUUAGUGAAGAAGAAUGUUUUAAGGAGAGUGAUCAAGCUUUAUGCAGCCAGGGUAAUUUUAGUGAUAAAUUCAGAUGAUUACCUCAGGAAACGAUUUUCACUGGUUAGAUGUCUCGCCGGAAAAUUACCAGAAAUGGCCAUUCUUCAGGCAGUCCAUGGGAGGAAGAUCGUCUUCAAGCGGAGUGUAAUUCGUCAGCUUGGAGGCUUCGAAUUGAAUUCAGAACCAAAGUUUUUUCCUGAUGAAAACAAAAAUAGUUCAAAUUCCGGAUCUGAUGAGUUUUCAAGGAGCGAUGAAGCUUCCGUGAAUGAUGAGAACGAAUACAAGGACGGGGUUUCUUUGAAAUCAAUUUCUAUAGUCAGAAGAGAAUUGCCAGAAUCAUCGAAUCUCGGUUGGCCUCUCUGUCGAAAAACUAUGGGUCCUGCAGCUUUAAGAAGUAUGUCUCUGGUAGAAUGGGUCAUGAGUCUACCCAAGCGAAGCUUAAUGGAUACAGAUUCUGAUGAAACCGACAAGUCCUUUAGUACGAAAACAGGAGAAUCUAUUAGAAACGAGUGUAUCGUCGAAGAAUCAGAUGGUAGAAGCAUCAAUAGUGAGAAUCAGGCGUAUGGAUUAUGUCAAGAAUUCUCUUCAAAUUCAAAAUAUGAGCUUGCAGAAGAAUCUGAGCAGUUAACACCUGGCUGGCCUCUCCUCCGCAUAAAGACUUCUGAGAGUGUUGAUUCGUCGAGAGAGUAUGAAUCUAGCAUUGCUUCUACAGGCACCUGUGAGAUUGAUUUGUCUUUCAAAGAAGUAGAAAAUUCUGCUGAAGAAAAUUUCUGCGAAUGGGAACCUCCAGGGGAGCUGAAGAUGAAGAAGAAAUUAGUCCUGAAAUUGAAAUCUUCUGGCUGCAAACAGUUCAGCUUUAAGGAGCUAGCCAAAGCAACUCGUAACUUUUCCUCAGAGAACUUGAUUGGUGAGGGAGGUUGUAGCAAUGUGUAUAGAGGAUCCAUUCGCCGGGGCAAGCUAAUGGCAGUAAAGGUACUAAAAGAGUACAAGGAAGCUUGGAAUGACUUCUACUUAGAAGUAAACAUCAUAUGUUCAGUAAGGCACAAGCAUAUCACACAUCUGAUUGGUGUCUGCAUAGAAGAUAGCCAUUUAAUUUUGGUCUAUAACUUCUUGUCCAAAGGAAGCUUAGAGGAAUGCUUACAAGGCCAUGAUGAGAAGUCUAUACUGCCAUGGAAGAUGAGAUUCAGAGCAGCAGUUGCAGUAGCCGAGGCUCUAAAUUACCUACACGAUGGAUGUCCUCGCCCUGUUAUUCACAGAGACGUGAAGUCCUCUAACAUUCUCUUCUCCAACGACUUUGAUCCGCAGUUAUCUGAUUUUGGACUUGCAACAUGGGGACCUAGAGAUUCAGCUUCCAUGAUAAGCAGUGAUGUAGUUGGAACAUUUGGAUACAUAGCUCCAGAAUAUUUCAUGCAUGGUAGGGUUAGUGAUAAAACCGACAUAUACUCCUUUGGUAUAGUGCUCCUCGAAUUGCUAACCGGAAAAAUGCCGAUCAGUUCCCAAGUUAUAAAAGGACAGCAAAGCCUGGUCAAAUGGGCGAUGCCCUUACUGGAGAACGGGGAUUUAGAAGACCUACUUGACUCAAAACUGGGCGGAGAUUUUAACAUAGCUCAAAUGCAGAGAAUGGUUCUAGCUGCAACUCUCUGCAUCAAACAGUCGCCCAGAUUACGUCCAAAAGCAAGUCAGGUACUAGAGCUACUGAGGGAGGAAAAUGAUAUAAACGAAUGGAUAAAUGCAUAUGCUAAUGAUCUAAAAGACUUUUCAAACGACGAAGUGGAUGAUUUCUCGGUGAAACUUGAUCAUAACCAAUGCUUGGAUAUUUCAUCUCUGGUUUCGGAUAAUAAUGAUGAAUCUCUAAGAAGUGUGAAAAACAGGCCGCGUUUAAGAUUAAAGGACCAUUUAAAAGAACGGCUGGAUUAACCAUCACAGUGCUUUUUGUUCACAUUGUGCUGAACAGAAUCUGUGCAUUUGGAUCAUAAGAAGGAAGCUGAUCUGAUGGAGCCUGAAAACCAAUUGCAAAAGACAUGUCUCUGAUUGUAAAUAGUAGUGUUUACAUACACUAAGGAAGCUGUAUAUGGAAAUUUUGAUUAAUCUUACUGGUUGCUAUAGUGGCAAAAGUUCAAAUUCUUAUAA